CAACAGCAGCUGAAACUCCGCACACUUCCUGCCCUCGAUCAGUUCAGUUAGUCAGCGGGAGAUCGUAGGAGGGAUGGCGGAGAAGAGCCCUGACCCGAGCGGUGCGAACGGUCGGAGGUGUCCCGCCCUUUCUCCCGGAGAGGAGAUGCAGUCGCCUGGAAGCGGUUCCUCUAAAUGGGUUCGGCUGAACGUCGGCGGAACGUACUUUCUUACGACGAGACAAACGCUGUGCAGAGACCCGAAAUCUUUCCUUUACCGACUGUGCCAGGCCGACCCCGACCUCGACUCUGACAAGGAUGAAACGGGUGCAUAUUUGAUAGACAGAGAUCCUACUUAUUUUGGUCCGGUGCUCAACUAUCUGAGACACGGGAAGCUGGUGCUGAACCGAGGCCUGGCAGAGGAAGGUGUGCUGGAAGAAGCUGAAUUCUACAAUAUCACUUCAUUGAUUAAACUUGUAAAAGACAAGAUCAGAGAGAGGGAUUGUAAGACCGCACAGCUUCCUGUAAAGCAUGUCUACAGAGUCCUGCAGUGUCAAGAGGAGGAGUUGACACAGAUGGUCUCUACCAUGUCAGAUGGCUGGAAGUUUGAACAGCUGGUUAGUAUUGGUUCUUCGUACAACUACGGAAAUGAGGAUCAAGCCGAGUUCCUCUGCGUGGUCUCCAAGGAGCUGCACAAUCAGUCGUACGGCACAAACAGCGAGCCCAGUGAAAAGGCCAAGAUUCUUCAAGAACAAGGCUCUCGAAUGUGAAACGGCUGCGUUUUACAUUCCCCGAUCCUGCCGUCGCUGGGCAAAACAAAACGCACCAUAUCACACAAAGAGAGAAAAUUGUCAAGCGGGAAGACAAGCUAUUUGGACCGGAUGCUCUAUAUUGUUUUAGAUUAAUUGACACUUGUUUGUGCCUGCACAGUAAUACCGGACUGUUUUUUUUUUUUUGGUGGAUAUAUCGGAGUCUUUGCCUGAACGGUAGGAAUAUGCAUGUCAUUAGUAAUCUGAGCAAAAAGGGCCUCAAUCAUGUCUGGUCCAAUGAUGUUUACUCAGGGUCUCUUAUUGACUUUCACAAUAUGUUAAUCAUAUCAUAUAUGUGGUCCAGUGAGAAAUUUUGUCAAAACAUAUUUAAAACUGUAUAUAAUGCCAUAGAGAAAGUUGUGAAAAUUAAAAAAAACUCAUGAAGAUUAUAA